AUGCUUUCUUUCAGAACGACUGGCUACAACGGCUAUGGCAUUCAGUAUUCGCCUUUCUUUGAUAAUAAAAUAGCUGUUUCAACAGCGGCAAAUUAUGGAUUGGUUGGAAAUGGAAAAUUAUUCAUUUUGAAUAUAGAACAAGAUGGUAGCAUUGUAAAUCAAAUAGCUUGGGAAACCCAAGAUUGUUUAUUUGAUUUAGCAUGGAGUGAAAUACAUGAGAAUCAGGUGAGUGCUUGCAGUGGUGAUGGUUCAAUCAAGUUAUUUGAUUUAGCAGUACCACAAUUUCCUGUGAUGAAUUGGCAUGAACAUACAAGAGAAGUGUUCUCUGUUAAUUGGAACCAAGUAGAUAAGAGUAUGUUCGCUUCCUCGUCGUGGGAUGGAACAAUAAAGAUUUGGUCCCCACAGAGACCUGAGUCCUUGCUCACUUUGUCAUCCUCAACUGAUCCUUCUGUUAGAGUUAUGUCCCCUCAAAAUAUACCCCCUAAGUCUCAUCAAAUGAAGCAUCAAUCUCAGCAACCUGGUCAGUCUGACACAAUUAAUUGCAUAUAUAAUGCUACUUUCUCACCCCAUUCGCCUUCUGUGAUUUUGAGUGUAAGUGGCUCGUCGAACAUCCAGAUAUGGGAUAUUAGGGCACCUGUUCCACUACAGCAAGAAUUUGUAGCACAUAGAGGAUUAGAGUCCUUGGGAUGCGACUGGAAUAAGUAUAGAUCUACUGUGGUUGCAUCGGCGGGGACUGAUAAAGCUGUUAGGGUAUGGGAUUUGCGUCAAAUAAAAACACAGUCUCAAAAUUCUACCAUUCCUGGCCCAGCAUACCAUCUUAGAGGACCAACGCCACUCAAUGAACUCUUGGGUCAUGAAUACGCUGUCAGAAAAGUGCAAUGGUCACCACACUCGGGUAAAGAGCUAAUGAGCACAUCAUACGAUAUGACUUCUAAAAUUUGGGUGGAUGACUCAGGUGAAAGAACACGCUUCCAUAAUCAUGGCGGAUGCAGAGGAACUAUGCGAUUACACAAGGAGUUCGUGAUUGGCUGUGACUAUAGUUUAUGGGGUGAGCCUGGCUGGGCUGCAACUACUGGCUGGGAUGAGAUGGUAUAUAUUUGGGACUCUAAAAGAGUACAUUAG